CCGCCGGGCAUGCCGCCCUACAACUUCCUGGCGGCGCUGGCCGCCAACUCGGCGCCGCAGUGCUUCCCCUUCCUGCCCAGGAUGCCGUCGGCGCACGCCCCGCACAACGCGCCGCCGCCGGGCCUGCCGCCGGGCCUCGGCCACGGACACCCGUACCCGCUGGCCGAGGACGUGGUGCUGGCCGCGGCCAUCGCCGCGCACUACCACGGCCACCACCCCGCCAUGGUGCCCCGGCCCAUGAGGCCCAUCCCCAUGGAGGACGACGGCGUCGUGGACGACCCCAAGGUCACCCUGGAGAGCAAGGACCUGUGGGACAAGUUCCACAAGCUGGGCACCGAGAUGGUCAUCACGAAGAGCGGCCGGCAAAUUUUCCCGCAAAUGAAGUUCAGGCUGACCGGCCUGGAUCCCAAGUCGAAAUACAUCCUGCUGCUGGACAUCGUGGCCAAGGAUGACUACCGCUACAAGUUCCACAACAGCCGGUGGCUGGUGGCGGGCAAGGCGGACCCGGAGAUGCCCAAACGCAUGUACAUCCACCCGGACUCGCCGUGCUCCGGGGAGACCUGGAUGCAGAAGCUCGUCAGCUUCCACAAGCUCAAGCUCACCAACAACAUCUCCGAUAAGCACGGAUUUGUAAGUACCGGGGUUACGAUCCUCAACUCGAUGCACAAGUACCAGCCGAGGUUCCACCUGGUGCGGGGCAGCGACGUGAGCGCGCUCGCCUACAAGCUGUUCAGGACGUACGUGUUCGAGGAGACGGCCUUCGUGGCGGUCACGGCGUACCAGAACGAGAAGAUCACCCAGCUCAAGAUCGACAACAACCCGUUCGCCAAGGGCUUCCGGGAUACAGGCGCCGGCAAGAGAGAGAAGAAUAGGCAGGCGAUGCUGGCGGCGCAGAGGCAGACGUCCUCCUCAGACGACCACAAGUCGUCGUCGACGCCGUCCCGGCCAGAGUCAUCGGCGUCCUCGCACCCCGGCAGCGGCGCCGCGCCGUACACGCCGUCGACGGGGUCCACGUCGUCGAGGCCCGGCGCCCUCGGCGCCAGCCCCCCGGCGCGGCACCACGAGUCCAGGUCGGGCCAGGACGACGACGAGAAGAUGAACGUGGACGUGGUGGGCUGCGGCGCGCCCGACAACCUCCUGGGGUACUCGUUCGCCCACAGGCCGUUCCCCGGGCAUCCCCACUCAGAGUCCGUCGUGGAGGAGGCCAUGCGCGUCCGGAUCGACCAGAUCGCCCUCGCGCAGAAGCACCACAUGUACGACAGCAAGCACGGCGAGGACGGCGACAGCGACCGCGACGGCAGCGAGUCGUCGGCCGAGUCGCACUGCGAGAGCGAGCCGGGCGAGCGCGCCACGGCGUUCCAGCCCAUUGCCCGGUCGCCGGACAAGCCCGGCGGCGAGGCGGGCGGCCUGGCGGGGCUGGACGCCAGCAACCCGACGCCCCGCAUGUCGAUGGGGCCUCCGAUCCAGCCGCCCCCGCACCUCUUCCCCUACCUGUACCCGCCCGGCCUGUACCAGGGCGCGGCCGCCGCCUUCCAGACGCCGUCGCCGCUGUCCCUGUUCCAGGGCGCGGGCGCGGGCCUCGGUGCCUCCGGCAUGAACCCCGGGCUGCUGUUCAACGCGCAGCUCGCCAUGGCGGCGCAGCACUUCGGCCACUACCCCCACCUCGGCCAGCCUGGAGGAGCGCUCCAGCACCAGCUCAAGGCGGCCGCCGCGCUGGCCAGCGGCAACCACCGGUUCUCGCCGUACCAGCUCCCCGUGCCGCCGCCCGUCACUAGUCCGUCGGGCAGCGCCCCGGGCUCCUUCCACGGCGGCGUCUCCGUCGGCGCCGAGUCCCCCACCGGCUCCGCGUUCGAGACCGUCACCCCCGGCUCGCACAACAGCAGCCUGAGUGCGUGCGGGUCGCCGCCAAGCAGGUCGCCGCCGCAGGUGUCGCCGUCGCUGCCCCCCAAGAGGCCCGCGUCGCGCGACCUCCCCGCACCGCCCCCCACCAGCAGGAGUAAGCAGUCACCACCCCCGCCGGCGGCCGGCGCCUCACCACCCCUUCCCCUCCAGGUGUCGUCGCCCAGCUCGACGUCGGCGACGUCCGCCUCGGUGGAGCUCAAGAGCAUCGAGAAGAUGCUGAACGGGCUCCAGCAGCAGCAACAGGAGUCGAGCAAGAGGAACGGGGAGCUCGCCGGCAACGCGGGCAGCCCCUUCGCGACCUAGUCCCGUGUAAAUGUUAUGUCAAUGUAUAAUGUGUAAAAAUAUUAAGUUUUUCUCAUAAUAAGACACACACAUCAAGCACAAAAAAAUGUUGUAGCUUAUGUAAUUUAUGAUAUUAUUUAUGAAUCUCAUGUAAAUAUUCUCUUGUCCGAGUCUACCUAAUUAUUAUUGUCCUUAUCGGAGAAAAGCGUGUCUUUUCCCUUAUGUUAGGGGAAAAGCCUCGCUGUUUUUUCUUUACUUGUAAAGAUUUGUCUGUUUGAUCUUAUUUGUUCAAGUAGAGUUUUCCAGUUACAAAAGUAAACUGUAUUGAAACGAUAUAGUCCUUUUACCUCUCAACUUAUUCUUCUUUCUGACUAAGUCGCGUAGCUGCAUAGUAAUUAGAAACUAAAAGCUCUCUCUGUAUGGUUGCGUCGCAUAGAGCUCAACAGGAUCUAUAUCGCUCAAUCGUUAGAGAAGUGACUUUCCCACCUGGCCUGAGUACAAAGUCUCAGAGACGGAGAGAGAAGGCCUCCCUGUGAAGUGAGUGACUUUGAGGUAGAAGAUGAUGUCAAGAGAGUUUUACUUGGACUCCUCCACUGGAGCCGGCUCGCCGCGGCCCUCUGCGGCGCCUAGGUGUCGUCCACACAUUACGUAACGCCAUUUUGUGUCUUUGUCGCUACUCAUGGACUGUCAGUGACUGCGACAGAGACAGAUAGCGUUACGUAAUUCGUAGACGACCCCUAACAGCACUGCCUGUGAUUCUCUUGCCGCCGCGGCCUGCUCCAGCAUGUGGAUGCUACUGUUACCUUUUUGCGGCUGUCCUUCAAGGAGGGCGCCUCCUUGUAGAAGGAAAAAAAAGACCUCAAAAAGACUAAGAAGUGAAUUUCAAGUUUUGAAAAAGAAAAAAAAGAACGCCCCUUUGGUCUUAGUACCUGGGGAAAUGAAUUUUUAUCGCUGUUAAUGUACGCACUAAACUGCUUUCUGUAUUUUACAUUACCUGUGGCGACGUGUGUGUGUUUGUGUGUGGAUUGAGAUGUUGCAUCAAUAUUUCGUCCCUCAUAUUGUUGAAGUUCGAGGCUCCAUAAGAGUGCGCUGCCCUCAAUAUGCCCUAAUUUAUUGAUUGUCAGAACGUUUUAUGGUUUCAAUGUACCGCACCUGACUGCUUGACAUUUGUAUAAGAUGCGCGCCUUUCUCAGGACUUAGUGAUAGGCCUCUGACGGUAUUUGGAACUUACAUUCAUUAUCUCAUGGCCGUGCUGUAUUUGUAAUAAUUUUAAUUGUAACUCCUGAGACAGUUAGUGUUUCAAUUUCAACUGAGAAACUUGUCAUUUUCUUGCUAGAGUGGCUCAAAGAGAACGCGUUAUUACUUGUAUCUUAUAAGAAAAAAGCAACCUAUUUUUUUUCUUUUUGAAAGCUUUAUUGUCUGAUGCUCCUUGGUCUUUUUUGGGUGUUUUUGUUCCCAAUUUCCUUCAGUUGUUUUGUUUGUUUCAUUUCAAAUUCUAAGCAAUAAUGGUUUUGAGAGAGUAAGGAGACAAUAUAUAUUUGAAAGUAUAUAUUAUAUAAAGAGAUGGACGUUGCGCCUCCGUGUCUGGUUGCUGCUGAAACAUCCGUGUCUCAUCUGUCGUGAAUGUAGAUGAUUUGUGCAAUAUGUCUGUGAUAGUAGAGUUCCCAUGUUAGUAAAAUAGAACAUUCAUAUCAAAACACUGAUUAAACCAAUUCUAAACAGUGAUUGUC